AUGGGCCCGCGGGGCAACGGGAGGGCGGACCGCGAUGAGCGCCUCACGGCCUUUGAGCACACCCACCUGGGGGUGUACUUCGUGGGGUGCUUCUCCGCGGUGUGCCUGUUCACGGACAGCAGCCAGGGGAUAAUGGAGAAAUACAGCAUCAACAAGAAGUGGUUCCUGCUGUUCGGUGAGGGGUCUUAUGAGGGCAAUUCCAAUGGCACCAUCCAGAUAGACUUCCCAUUGGAUGGCCGUGGCUACAUUCCAGUACCUGCAGAGAAGAUGAUAUCCCCUGUCUUCACUCUAUGGAUCACACUUUUCACAAUGUACCUUGUGAAUUGUAUUGCAGAUCAUGUGGCAGUCCAGACGAUGUGCAAGGCACAGGAUGUGCGCACCCUGAGAGGCAAGCUGCCUGAGCCAGUCAUGUGUGGCCUGCAGUCUGGAAAAGGUGCCAUGGAGUACUCAAGGACGUCUGGGCUGCUGCGGACUGUGUCAAGCUUCAAGAACUUGACGAGCCUGGCACGCACACGCAAUGUGAAUAGGGAGACACGCACUGGUUUCCUCCCCAUGGUUCCAUGGUACUGCGGGACAUCUGCUGACCUGGUGAAAGUCUUCAUCGACCUCGCGGUGUCUUUGAAACUGUUCCUUGGGCGCUUUGACAUGAGGACCAUGCAGGCUGCCACAUCACCAUCUUGGUGCGACCGACCCCACCAUGGGGAUGGCUUCACAUAUGAACAAUUCGACGACCAAGAGGAGCUGUUCUUCGACUUCUGUGCCGACACUGGGGAUGGGGGAAACUCGACCUACACAGUUGCCAGGGCACUUGCUGCGCCGACGAUCACAGCAACGCAAGGAGCAGAGGCCGAUGGCACCCAGAAGACGAUUUCCUUGCCACGAGGCAGCCUCCUCUUGAUUGGGGGCGACCUUGCAUACCCUGGCCCAUCUCAGGAGACAUAUGAGCAGCGGUUGUUCCGGCCUUUUCAGGCUGCCCUGCCAGGCCCACCACAAGAUGCGCCUGGGAGGCUGGUGGUGCACAAGCCCGAUCUGCCUCAGGGUGAGCACUGCUGCAUAGACUCCCCACAUCGUUGCUCUGCGAGCCCCUCCCACUCCAGCCUUCGUCAGCUGCGCCAGUAUGAUGGGCCCCAGUGCUUUGCGAUCCCUGGGAAUCACGACUGGAGUGACGGCCUGCAGACCUUCAUAAGGGACAUCCUGCACAGAGGGUGGCUGGGUGGCUGGCUGUUGCCCCAAGAGAAGAGCUACUUUGCACUGAAGCUGCCACAUGGCUGGUGGAUGUUUGGAGUGGACUUGGCUCUGGAAUGUGACAUAGACAUGUGCCAAUACAGGUAUUUCACAAGGGUUAUUGAGCAGUGCCUGGGAGCCGACUCUCAAGUCAUCGUCAUGAGUCAUCAGCCCAUUUGGUUCGAGAACUGGUUUAUGUGCCAGCCAGACAGGGCGGCCCCAAAGCUGAAGCAGCUCAUCAGGGAGCAGCUGCAUGGGCGGGCCCGAGUCCACCUUGCUGGUGACCUCCACUUCUUCAUGCGUCACAGUCUGGUGCCAGUGAAGACAAGCUCCCAAAGCUUGGCCCAGAAUGGGCGAAAUGGCUCCAACAGGACAAAUAGCAUGGAACAGAGCACUGCAAUGCCAUCCUGUGGUACCACAGGCCCAAGAGAGAAAAAAAAUGGCAAAG